AUGGGUUCAGGAGCUGAAGAUCUUAAAGCCGACAAACAGUAUACAGUAAACAGUAAUCCGGACAAAGGUGUGGACACAUUCAAGCUGCAUUCGGUGCAGAUUCGCGACCUGGAGGUGAGGCAGGCCCAGCUGAGAGAGUGGAGAGCCGUGCUGGAAUCAUCUUGGGAUGACGCUCACAAGUCCGAGAUCUCCACCCGGAACCGCUUCGCUCCCCUCCGCGAGACAGGACACGAUGCUGUGAUCAUCGUAGAAUCCAUCUUCCGACACGUCCGUGCUACGUUAGCUGAAGGUGUCAGUGGAGUGGAUUAUGUUCAUGUGUUCAUCAGUUCUGGUGAAGAUGUCCGUCUGUCCUGUAAUAAUGCUCUUCAUGACUGUAAAUCAACUACAUGGCUCUUUAACAGAUUCAGUAAUUCAGCAACAGUUGAACUGAUUGCUUUAGGGACAAAGAAGAAAGACACAGAGAGUCAUGAGAGACUGAGUCUGGGGUCUGACUGCUCUCUGAACAUCAGGAACAUCUCCACAGAAGAUUAUGGAUCUUACAUCUGUCAACAAUGGACUAGUGAGGGUGGAGAACGACUAGCACCUGAUACUGGUGUUUAUCUGCAUGUUCUUCAUGUCUCAUCCUCACACACUGAGAUCAGUGCAGGUCUCUCUGUGACUCUCUUCUGUCAGCUGUAUUCAUAUCCUCGAGUCUCUUGUGAUGAUUCGGGUCAUUCUAAGAGAAUUGAUCUGUUCUGGGUGAAUCAGGCUGGUGUUAAAUCAGACUCCAGACUCCAGAUAUCAUCCUCAUCAGAUCACUGUAUCAUCUCUCUGAAUAAAACACUCCUGAAUGAAGAUCACAACAGAGAGUGGAGAUGUGAAGUUACUGAGAGAGAUCAAGUCAAGAGCUCAGUCACAUACACUGUCAAGAGUUCAGCUCGAGCUGAUACAACGACAGAACCAUCUCAUACAAAAGUCGCAGUGAUUUCUGUGUCUGUCGCUGCGAUCGCUGUUCUUCUGGCUGCUGUUCUCUGGCUGAUCUGGAGAAAAAGAGCUGGUGACUCUCUGAUUCUCUCCUUUCUAACAAUCAAAAACAGUUCAGACCUCACUUUAAUGAUCAGCAGACAAGAACAUCAAGUUCAGAUUGUGUGUUAUUAUAGAAACAUGUGGAUUCAUUCAUUAAUUUUAAUUCAUUUGAAUGUUUUAACAAAAUAUCACCUCUUGUGGAAUCUGAUGAUUAUUAUCACUGUUAACAUUCAGUGUUUCAUCAUAAAUACCCAUAUUACAUGA